AUGCAUGGUGCGUGUUACUCCUGCAUGAUGGCUCCCUCCGUUGCGCCUUUGUCCGCCUUGAGAAGCAUCAAGGGCAGCUUCAGAACCCUUUUUCGCGGACGGGUGGACGAGUGGCUGGGAGAGCUGUCCACAAGCUACUUACUCUCCCCCCCCCUUCUCUCCCUCUCUUCACGUGCCUUGCCUACCCCCUUAACCUCUCUGCAGCUGGGCAAGGGCCCUCCUGUGUGCCGCUUGUCGUACCGCGAGCUGCAGCAGCCAGCAGCAGGGUACUUCAAUGCGUCUUUUGCGUUGAAGCUGAGCAAGGGCAGCUUCAGAACUGUUUUUUGCGGAUACGUGGAUGAGUGGCUGGGAGAGAUGGCGGAGAUCCUAGUGCUGGGCAAUCUGAACCACCCCAACCAAAAGAAGCUGCUGGGGUACUGCAUUGAGGACGACCGGCUGGGCAAGGGCCCUCCUGUGUGCCGCUUCUCGUACCGCGAGCUGCAGCAGCCAGCAGCAGGGUACCUCAAUGCGUCUUUUGCGUUGAAGCUGAGCAAGGGCAGCUUCAGAACCGUUUUUCGCGGAUACGUGGAUGAGUGGCUGGGAGAGAUG